AAGAAUUGGACCAUCUUGACUGCAAGACGUGUUCUUACAGCUGGUAGAACCACAGCGGGGGAUCUACAGGUUCUCUUGUUCUCGUCCCGCGAUGCAGUCAGUCAUCAUGUGAUCACUCGGGCGUCCUAAUUUCUGCCGAUGGACGAGCUCGGCGUCAUGGAAGACAGAUGCAGAGAGGCUUCCAAGCAACAGCUUGCCUGCUUCCAGCCCAGUUCUACUGAGGCGGUCACUCACCUGCUGGAUGGACACGUGGAGUGGGACAGGAGAACCCAGUCGACCUGUCCGUCUUUGGCAGCGAGCAGAGGAGGCGACCAAUGCGUGGUCAUCCUGCACGCCAAAGUUGCUCAAAAGUCCUACGGCAACGAGAAGAGGUUCUUCUGCCCGCCUCCAUGUGUUUACAUCAUCGGCCACGCUUGGAGGCUCCUGUACGACCACCUGGCAGCAGGGGGCGUCGACCUGUGUGGCUACAUGUGUGUGGAUGCCUCCGCUCACACCCACAGCGACACCUUCAAACUCACCUUUGACCUGCUGAGCGACAGGAGGAUGUUCGCUUGCGCCAAGUCGCUGUUCAUCUCGGAUCAGGACAAGCGGAAACACUUCCGCCUUCUGCUGCAGAUCUUCACGCAGACAGGAAGUAGUAGACAGGAAGUAGGCGCCUUCCACAGCCGCCUCAUCAAAGUCAUCUCCAAACCGUCUCAGAAGAGACAGUCCAUGAAGAACGCUGACUUGUGUAUUUCAGCCUGCUCGCGAGUGGCGUUGUUCAACCGUCUUCGCUCACAGACGGUCAGCACGCGAUACCUUGCCGUGGAGGGCACAGCCUUCAUCGCCAGCGCCAGACAGUGGACGGCCUUCACCAUCACGUUGGUGGAGGAGCCACGUGCUGACCGAGGCGAUUUUGUGCUGAGCGAAGGAUUGGUGUGUUACGGUUGUGUGGUCCAACUUGUGUGCACCGAGUCUGGAGUCACUCUGCCCCCCAUGGUGAUCCGAAAGGUCAACAAGCAGCACGCCAUCUUGGAGGUGGACGAACCCGUCUCUCAGCUGCACAAGUGUGCCCUGGAGUUCAGAGACACCCCUCACGCCUACUUGUGUUUGUCCAAUGACGCCAUCGUGGUGCACCAGGCCGUCUGCAGUGUCAAAGACCCUAGCAGGGUGGUCCUGAAUGACGGCUCGUGUUGGACCGUCAUCGGAGUGGAGGUGGUGGACUACACCUUCAACCAGGAGGCGGUCUGUGUCCAGACCCCCAUCAGUCCUUUCCCGGUGGUCAGCAGCCUGGAUGUGAACGGCGGCGGUCAUGUCGCCAUGUUGGAAAUCCUCGGAGAAAACUUUGGCCCUCAUCUCAAAGUGUGCUUUGGAAACACCGAGGCUGAGACCAUGUUCAAAUGUCCCAAGUCUCUGCUUUGCGUGGUCCCAGACGUUUCAGUCUUCAGUGGCGGCCAGCAACAUCGGCGUCGUGUGGUCACUGUGCCCGUGUCCCUACUCCGUCCGGAUGGCGUCCUCUACCGCACAUCCUUCACGUUCACGUACACGCCCGAGCUCCAGGCGCCCCUCCACGAACGUGGGCUCAGGACAGUGGGAAGGACGAGGGACAGUGCGGGCGAGGCGGAGCGAGAAGACGACGUCCUGCUGGAGAGCAUCCACGAGGAGUUCACCAGAGCCAACUUUCAUCUUUUCAUGCAAACGUAGAUCCAUAACAUCCUCGUCUCGCCACCAUGUCAAUGUCAAAGACCGCCUCUCAACUUCCUGUCAUCACAUCAUUAACGUCUGACUGUACCGAUGAUGGACACCAAUAAAUAUUGUGAUGUCAUCACAUCCUCUGGCAUUCACCACAGCA